AUGGAGAGAUCAAACUCUCAUGAGCUGUCGAAAGGAGAAUUCCUUUCAGCUUUACCCGAUACUGACUUCACCCCUGGUGAGCAUAUCGACCAAAUUUCCGCUCCACAUAGAAUCGGGUUUCUUCUUGCUCACCGAUCACAGCCGGUAAUGGAUGACUCUCACAUUUUGGGCACUCGUGAGGUUUUGGGUUGUGGCGCGCUUGCGGGGCUGUGCAAUCUAGCUGAUUGGUUUGAGACACUCCAAGCGGUUCAACAUCGAAUCGCUACUCAAGAUCUGCAAUUAAUUCAGCGACAGGGGACUUCUGAGAUAUUUAUCCCUCAGCGUUGUGUUUAA